AUGGAAUGUACUGAGGAACUAUUCGAAUGUAAAAUAGAUCAAUACGUUAAAGAACUCGACGCUAUUGUUAAAUGUGGGCAAAGAAACACGUCUAAAAAAGCACAAAAACUUCUUGAAGAAACUGGACCUAUUUGGAUACAGAUGACUUGCUGGGAACCACGACUCGAUUACUACAAAGCAAGAAAAUGGAAUCAAAAUCGUUCGCUCCAACUCUACAUUCACAAACCAACAGUUACUGAGUUCAGCAGGAGUAUAAAUGGAAAUAUAACUACCAGAACUGUUAACAGUGGGAUUAUUACUAAUGGAUUACUUAAAGAACCUAUAUCAAAAAAGAGCAAUGUGGAAAAGCUAGAAGUCGAGAAUCAGCAAGAAUUAAUUAUUUUGUAUUAUAACACUUUGGGACAAACAGACCGAAUGAGAUUUCCUGAAAAACGGACAAAAAUAAAUCAACUACCUACUCCACCAUCACAUCAAAUUAAAUCAUCAGGCUCUCCGAGAACUUUUCCUCUAGAAACUAAUGAAGAGAUGUGUUCAAUGUAUAUUUUACAACAAACCAUCACGCAGUGA